AUGCUUGAGCUAAUAGGUUUCGGCAUUCUGUUGUUUUCAAUAUUCUUGAUCUUAACAAACAGACCAAACCAUUUUCCUCCAGGUCCGCGGGCUUUACCUGUAAUUGGUCACCUCCAUCUUCUUGAACCCCUAAUUCAUCAUUCUUUUCGUGAUAUCUCUUCUCGCUAUGGUCCUAUAAUUUUUCUCCGGCUUGGUUCUGUGCCGUGUGUUGUGGCCUCCACACCCGAACUUGCUAAAGAACUCCUCAAGACAAAUGAUCUUACCUUCUCUUCCCGUCAAAUGGAUUCUCGAGCCAUUACUCACCUUACCUAUAACUCUUCUUUUGCCUUUGCACCCUAUGGACCGUUUUGGAAGUUCCUCAAGAAGUUGAGCACGUUUGAGCUCUUAAGCAGCCGGGCCCUUAGCCAAUUUCAUCCUAUACGAAAAAAUGAAUUGCAACAUUUACUUCAACAUCUACUUAACAAGUCUAAACUUGGGGAGAGUGUUAAUGUCACUCAAGAGUUGCUAAACUUAUCAAACAACAUAAUUUCACGAAUGAUGUUGGGUAUCAGGUGUUCAGGGAACGACAGCCAGGCUGAUGAUGCUAAAACUUUGGCACGUGAGGUGACACAGAUUUUCGGAGAGUUCAAUGUCUCAGAUUUAGUAUGGUUUUGCAGGAACUUGGACUUUCAGGGCUUUAGAAAGAAAUAUGAGGAUGUACACAGAAGAUUUGAUGCUUUGCUGGAGAAUAUCAUCACAAACCGCGAGCUUGCGAGAAAGAAAAGCGGAGGAGAACUUCAGGCCGAAGAUCUUUUGGACAUGAUGCUUGAUACUUUGGAAGAUCAAAAUUCAGGGGUGGAAUUUACUAGAGAUACCAUUAAAGCCUUGGUUUUGUACUGGGAAAACCCAUUGGAAUUUCAACCUGAACGAUUUCUAAAAUCCAAUGGGGAUACCGUCAAUGACACCGCCGCAGUGGACAUCAGAGGGCAGCACUGUCAGUUGUUGCCGUUUGGUACUGGCAGAAGAAGCUGCCCUGGCCUUGCCUUGGCCAUGCAGGAGCUGUCGACAACACUUCCGGCUAUGAUUCAAUGUUUUGAAUGGAAUUUGGUUGGCCCACAUGGUGAGAAGAUCAACGGCGAUGGUGCCGUUGAUAUGACCGAAAGGCCUGGAUUAACUGUUCCAAGGGCUCAUGAUCUUGUUUGCGCUCCGGUGCCACGACAACUUGACAUCAUUCAACACUUCCUGAUUGGGGUAUGA